CAACUUAUCAAGUAUAAAUCGUGUGUACAUCGAUAGGUGCUCAGUGCUAUCUUUGGCGUUGAAAGAGAACAAAGUUACAGUGAAUUCGGUGAUAAAAGAGAUUUAUACUAAUAAUAUAAUGAAUACCAACGAAAUGCUUGAAAACCAGGAACAAUUAUACGACCCUAAGGGUUUAGGUAGACCACCACCGUACACAGAAUUUGCAACACCACCACCACCAGUGAUAGUCCAUCAGCCGCAAGUCAGUCCUGUCCCGAUCCCAGAGCCAGUGGUUGUACUAUCAGCCGUACCAGUGGUAGUCCAUCAGCCGCAAGUCAGUCCAACCCCGAUCCCAGUGUCUAUGCCAGACAAUGUUGGACCCGAGGCCAUGUCCAUGAUUUGCAAGUCCUGCAACAAACAGAUCUACACAAGGGUUGAACAUAAACCCACUGCAAACACCUAUUUGAUUGCUGGUCUCUGUUGCUUGUUGCUAUGCUGGCCCUGUGCGUGCUGCGUAUACUGCUCAGCUAGCUGUCGAAACAUAGACCACUACUGCCCAAACUGCGACUCCUACAUUGGUACCUACACACACUAGCACUUAACACUUGAUAAAGGGAUCCUUUAUCGAAAAUGUUAUGGAGAAAAUACAUGGUUUUGAUAAUCAAAUCGUAAGCACGGGGCAAUAUCGCUCAGGUACUUACAAUAGAUUUGAUUGAACGAUGAUUGAACGGAACUUCUGCCGUCAUCGAAUAAGAAUCGACAUGUUUUAAUCGAUAAAGAUUUGGUGAAUCGAUUUCUAUUGUGAUCAAUAAAGAAUGAGUGUUAAAAAUUA